AUGGCAACUGUAACGGUUAGGCAGUUGAAAAAUAAAGAUACGGGUAUUGACAUCACUGUUCCCACCUAUGAAGAGAUUCCUGGAUUACUAACAAAAACUACAGAAUUCCAGGUUACAGUUGUGACCAACUUGGCUGUAUUUAAGUUGCCUAAGCACAAAGAAACAGACAUAGUGCAAUUUGUGGUGGGAAAGAAAUUUAGUGAUUUUGAAGAUCUUUACCUGUUACUUAAUGAGAAAUUUUCUGGGAUUGCCUUUCCACCUCUACCCAAAAAGGUGCUCAUCACGACAGAUGAAGUGAACAGAGAACGCAGGGCAGCUUUGGAUAGCUUGCUGAAAUUUUUCAGCAAGACUCCCAGAGUUUCCACAUGUCCUCUGCUUCUAGAAUUUCUUGGUGCUUCUCCCAGUCAAGUUCAAAGGAUAGACUCCUUGAUUAUCAAAGAUAAAAGUGAUGACAGUAUUGACUCUGGAUUAUCACCUUCAAAAGAUUUUGUUGAUGAUAAAAAAAGUCCAAGUGAUGAAUCUGAUAUCUUUGGUGAGAAUGAAGAUGACAUCCAUGACCUUUUUUCUGACAUGAAAACAAAGACCUUCUUUGAAAGGAGAAACACAGAAUCUGACCUGUUUGAAGACAGCCCCGAACACAAAUCUUAUGAUGUUAAACUGUUUGAUGAGCAAGACUACAGUGAAGCAAUUUCUAAAGAGGACCGAUUAUUUUUUGAAAAAGAAGCUGCAAAAACAAAAAUGAAACUGAACACAAAAUCAAGUUUUGAUACAGAUGGUCUUCUGAACGUAGAAGAUGAUUUGGACCAACUGCUGAAAAUAACCAAAAGGUCUAAGAGAGCUCCCAAAAUUAGCAAAUCAGCUCAUGGCACUGAUGAGAGACCCAAGUCUUCGAUAUCAUUGUCUUCCCCUGAUAAAUUUGAUUUACCUACUUCUGCUGAUGACUUUAUGAAGUAUAUUGAGGAAAAUAGCAGCAGAGAUGAGGUUGACCUUUUCUCUUGA